GCAACUGUUAGCUAAGAAGCUCACCGUAAGAACCUUCAAGGCUUCACUCGCUGAAUUGAUGUUCUGUGGAUCACGGCUGCACUUCGACAAGGUGGUAGGAUCAACAGUACUGUGAGGGCGAUGGGUGGUAAGCAAUCUCGCAGUUUUUCCAACAAGGAGUUGAAUGAGGUGAGUAUGAGUCAAAGGAAGAGGAGUGCUUUGAGAGACGACCAGCCAAGCCUGUCCUCGGCUGCUGAGAGGAUCCGCAGACACACCACGGUGCACUUUGGCUACAGCACUCUGAGUCUAGCCAUGCGGGGGCUUGAUGAGAUCCCAGCUGAGCUUUGGGAACUUAGAGAGCUUCAGAAGCUAAACUUGUCCAUGAACUGCCUCUGCUCUCUGCCCCCUGCCCUGGGUGCUCUGGACAAUCUUGUUAUCCUCAACCUUUGGGGCAACAACCUGUCCAGCCUCCCACCUGAGAUUGGUGUCCUGAAGAAGCUGCGUGUGCUCUUUGCUUGUCGCAACCGCCUGAGCGAGGUCCCUGAGGAGCUGGGCUCCUGCACCUGCCUGGAGGUGCUCAGUCUGGCCAACAACCAGAUCACAGGCCUCCCUGGCAGCUUGGCAGCCAUGCACAGUCUGACCAAACUCAACCUUAGCCACAACCGCAUCGCUCACAUCCCCACCUGUGUCUACAGCAUGAAGGGUCUGGUAUUCCUUCACCUGGCCUGCAACCGUCUGGAGACCAUUGCAGACCAGAUCCAGGACUUGGUUAACCUGAAGAUCCUCAUCGUGGAGGGAAACAGUAUCCACACACUGCCCAAGACACUGUGUUUUCUUGAGUCUUUAGAACUCCUCAAUGUUGACUUCAAUGACUUGCAAAGUGUACCGGUGGAAAUGUAUCUACUGAGCCGGCUCGGGAGGUUGGCCCGCCACCCACUGGAUAAAGGACUUCAUAUUAUCCACAACCCCCUCCUCAAGCCUAUUCAGGAGGUGCUGCAAGGAGGACUCAGCGCCCUCUAUAACUACCUCAGACCCACGUGA